AUGUCCGGCAACAUCCGGAUUAUUAAUCUACAAGCUUUUCUGAACUCAAAUCAAUUGCCAAAAUGCGGUCCUCACAAUUUGCAAAUUCAACUCCAUCCAGCGCCUCGUCUAGGAGGGGCUCACUCAAGGUCUGCUUCAACAUUUUGUGAGCUUUGUGAAAUUAAUUUCUCUUCGCCGUCUAAACUGUUGUAUCACAAAAAAGGUUUUUUUCAUAAAAAGUUGAACAUUUUUAAAAACGAAUUUGGUAAAGAGCACUGGCAGCAAGGGGCUAAAAUUAUAAGGACGGGAUUGAUUACAUCUCAUUCCAAAAAAUAUUUGCUGGAAGAAUCAGAAAAUGAAAGAUUUUGUACAAGUUCAGAAGAUUCUCUUGAUGGAACGAUAGUAGCCGAUAUAGGAAAUACUCAACAUGAGGGUAGAGGUGUGCAUCAAUCCAAGGAAGCAUGUAUUAAUAAUAAAACAAAUUUAUGUGACAGAAGAAAACUAGAAAAAAUAGAACAUAGCAGUAUAGAAAACAGUAAACAUGACAAAAUGGGAAAGGAUAUUGUACUUCUACAACAAAUUAAGGGUGAAUUUAAAAAGAUUAUAGACUCAGUUUGCUUGCAUAGAAACAUGCCUCCUAGCACAGCAUUGAUUUAUUUGCGACAUUUUCGCAAGAAUUUUGAAGACAAAAAAAAAGAACGAAGACCUUAGAGAAGAUACUUUCCGCAAAUGCUGUUAUUUUUUCAACUAUUAAGAUAAAUGCUACUAUUACAAGGCAGUCAAAAUAUUUAUCUGUUGCAAGUGAGAAAAAAAAAUAAACAAAUUUAAAAAAUAUAUCAGGAAUUAAAAAUUCCAUCAGGCAGUACUUUUUUUAAAGAAUUUCUCUGGCAACAUGAUGUUG